AUGAUACAACUCAAGACGAUGCUUAAUUGCAUCGACAACUCCGGGGCCGCCGUUGUCGAGUGCGUCGCGGUCAUGAGAAAGAAGAUACAGCAUGCAACAAUAGGGGACAGGAUAAUCGUCGUCGUCCAGAAGCAGCGAUCCUUCGGCCCCGAAAACCCUGGCGGGUCAAGCUUGGGAAUUACGAACAAAGUGCGAAGAGGAGACAUACGGCAUGCUGUGGUUGUGCGGGCGAAGAAGGAAGUUCAGAGAAAAGAUGGCAGUCUGAUCAGGUUUGACGACAAUGCCUGUGUGCUCAUCAAUAAAAAUGGCGAUCCUAUCGGCACAAGGUUAUCCAGUGUCGUUGGCUCUGAGUUACGAGAUAAGAAGUGGUCAAAGAUUCUGUCUCUGGCGCCGAUGCAUGUGUGA